AUGGCAGAUCUAAAAGGCAAAGGGAUUUGUUAUGAAAGUGAUGACGAGCCCAUUCAGUUAACGGAUCAGAAUGAUUCACAUACGAUACGCGACUUUCAACGUUCAUUGAUAGGGAAAGUUCUGAACCCUAAGAAGCAAAAUGUUGUUAAGCUGUUACAACAUAUGCCGACGGAAUGGAAGCUGCAAGAUUGCAUCAAAGCAAAUGAUCUCGGUAAUGGCAAGUUUCUUUUUAACUUUGAAACCGAGGACCUGCAAUAUGUACUGCAACAAGGGCCCUUUCACUACAAUUUCUGUAUGUUCGUUCUUGUUCGGUGGGAGCCGAUUGUUCAUGACGACUAUCCAUGGAUCAUUCCGUUCUGGGUUGGCAUAACUGGUAUCCCCUUACACCUCUGGACGUCAAAGAACUUGAAGAAAAUUGGAUCCAAGCUUGGUCAUGUGGGCGAGGAUAAAAUCAAAGAAUCAGAGGGUCGUAUGUGUAUUGAUGUUGAUACACGGAAGCCAUUUAUCUUCAGCAAGAAAAUCUUAUCGCCUGGUGGUGAUGAGGUGACGAUCCAAAUAAAGUAUGAACUACUCUUCAAGCACUGCACCUUUUGUGGCAUGCUAAGUCAUGAACUCUCCCAUUGUACUAAGAAGGAGCAGGGAUCGAGUAAUCAGAUGGAGAGAGCAUACGUAUUCUCACGGGUACAGCUGCCUAUUGGCGCAUCAGCUCGACAGCCAUUGCUGCGUGAGCAAAAGCCUCACGAUCGAUAUGAACAGCGGGAGAGUAAAUAUCACCAUAAUGUGGACCUUCACUCCUCAAAAAGAAUACUUGAGGUAAACGGUUAUAGACGAACUGUCUAUGCUCGACACGAUGACUCUUCAGACUGGUACGCAGGAAAGCAAGUAGGGAAGGAGAGAAGCUAA